CUUCAUCUCGGCGGCAAAUGUCUCGACCCACUGUUUCCCACACAAAUAUGUCGCUGGAUUGUGUUGUGCUGCAGGCGAGGGUGAAGAAGAGGGAGUACUUGAAUGCCGCUCUCCCUUUGGGGAAAGCCGGGUGCUAGACAGAUUGUUGUGACCGCCUCCUUCACUCCCCUACUCCCUCCUUCAUAUCCACUCGCUGUUCGCAGCCCUUACCUAUCUUCUUGGUUGCCUGGGAAUCAGGCAUCGAGCCUUCCUUCCAGUUCUCCGCAGUUUUGGUACGGAAAUAAUCUCACGUGGUCGGUCAUUGUUCGCGUAGAUGGCCAGGCAUACAGUCUUUUCGGGGUCCCUGAUGCGUUAGAGGGCAUUCAGGUUGCAACUGUCACAGGUGGCAACUUUACGUCGACGCACAGCACCUUCAUGUUGACUGCUGGAUCAAAGAACUUCACGCUGGACUUUUUGUCGCCCGUCUCUCCAACAAACCUCUUGCGACAGUCUCUGCCCUUCGCCUAUCUCACAGUGUCGGUCAGUGGGAUAUCAAGCAGUAACUCAGUUCAGAUUUACUCGGAUAUCGAUUCAUCCUGGACUGGUCAGCCAGAAAGCGCAGCGUGGGAGUUCUCAAAAAGUAGCACUACCUCCGUGUUUCAGCUGAACCCUGUGGGAGACGCCAAAUUUUCAGAAAACAUUCAAAAUCAAGCGCUAUGGGGUGAAACUGUCUACGCCACGCGGGCUUCGCGUGGGAACACUCUAUCCUCUGCUUCUGGACCAUUGUCUGCUAUCCGUUCUCAAUUUGUUGCUAACGGAUCUCUGACCAAUUCCCAUGCCAAGUGGACAUCUGAUGGUGUUGUAGCAUUUACGCAUGACCUGGGAGCAAUUACAGGGGAUGCAUCUGUCACAUUUGCCAUUGGCCAUGUGCGUGAGCAGGCUAUCAAUUAUCUUGGAAAUGCGCAGACUGGGUACUACCGAGCAACCUAUCCAGAUACCACAUCAGCCGUCUCCCAUUUCCUCGACGAUUACGCGGAUGCGGCGGAUGAGGCGACCAAGAUGGACACUCUGAUCCAAAAGGGCGGGGAGUCAUCGUAUGGUACCAAUUAUUCAGACAUACUCGCACUUUCUCUUCGACAAAUCUACGGUGGCAUAGAGCUCACAAUUCCCGAUGAUACCCUAGACAUCAAAGAGGCGAGAGCAUUUAUCAAGGAAAUUUCUAGUGACGGUAAUAUCAACACCGUCGAUGUCAUCUACGCAUCCUUCCCAAUUUUCUAUAUCCUAAGCCCCGAUUACAUCCGACUCCUGCUAAGGCCUAUCUUCGAGUACAUGGAUAGCAGCAACUACACCCAAGACUAUGCAGUCCACGACAUCGGUACCAAUUAUCCGAACGCAACGGGGCACAAUCCCAAAGGCGAGAUGAUGCCGGUCGAGGAAAGCGGGAACAUCUUGAUCAUGACCUAUGCCUACGAAUUGGCAACCAACAAAACCGACAUUUCAAGCACGUACUCACCCCUUCUGAGAAAAUAUGCCCAGUACUUGGAAGCGCACGGAAAAUACCCCGAGGCGCAGCUGUCCCUUAACGACGCACUCGGCAAGAUAGCAAACCAAACCAAUCUUGCCAUGAAAGCAGCCAGCGGACUUGCAUCCUACGGGCAUAUGACCUCGCAAUUAAACUACACGAACGCGGGAAAAUCCAUCGCCGAUGCACUCUACAACGGGCGAUUGGGUACAGAUCCUGAUGGGACCUACUUCACGAUCCAGUAUGGCAGUGACACAUGGUUCCUCGUAUACAACCAUUAUGCGGACGUACUAUUCUCUCUCGAUCUCUUCCCCGAGGAAGCAUACAACGCCACUGCUGCUUUUUACCCUACCGUGCGCAAACCAGCGGGGGUAGCACUCGACGCUGAUCUCAAUUGGGGCCAAACAAAUUGGCAGGGGUUUGUGGCUGCAACAGUCACAGGGGAAGCCAGAGACAUGUUCAUCGCAGACAUGCAUGCUUACAUUGCGAAUGGGCUCAACGGGGUGCCAUUUUCGGACCGUUACUGGGUCAAAGAUAGUACAACCGGCUCAGCUGGCGAGUUCUUCUCAUUCCGGGCCAGACCAGCCCUGGGAAGCCAUUAUGCGUUGAUGGCCCUGCAAGGUGCAAAUCAGUGGUGACGCUAGUUGUUCAGUCAAAUGAUGCAUACUGUACAUAAUUAAUACAUAUAGUUAGACGGAUCAAUAUACCCCACCCCAUGAAGAAACA